AUGAUAAGUAUACCUCGAGCAUUGGAACUUUUUGUUUCAUCUCUAUUAAUCAAAGCUGGUGAUGUCACGAUGCAAAAAAGUGCAAGGACUCUUACUCUUGCCCACUUAAAACAAUGCAUUUAUUCUGAUAGCCGCCUUGAUUUUCUUAAAGAACUAGUGAAAAGUACACCGGACCACUCUGAAGAAUGUAAUGAUAUUGCAGAUUCAGCUGUCAUACAAAAUAAUCAAGUCAGCAAUAAUGAUAGUGAUGAUGAAACAUCAUCAAAAACGAUCGAAUGGCAUCUAUUAAACGGGUGUGCGUGCCCGUUGACCGGUGCCGAAUACGAGUGGCUGGUCGCGUUUCCUACGGAAGUAAACUCGUCUCCGUCCGACACGAUCGCUCACCUGAGCACGAUGCGUCUACUGUUAUCCAUGCGCCGCCACCGCAGGCAGCAGCACCCGGUCGCAGACUCAGACUAUUGUCCGAAAGUAGAGCGCGCGUGUUUGGCGACGCUCUCCAGCACGUUGUGGUUUGACCAAUUGCUGGCCAUGUUGGCAUCUGUGGAUGACCAUGUUAGGUACGUUGCCACAUGCGUGGCCACCGAAGCCGCACUGGGCUGCGCCGACGCCCACGGUGAUUCGCUAGCACAUAUGAUCGACGGGCUGUUGCUAACAAUCACGACGACGGUGGGACGGUCGAGUGCCGCAGCCGUCAACGUCUUAACGCGCUUGCUAGACGUCACUUGCAACUACCCUCGGAUCUCAACUGUGGAAACAUUUUGUUGCCACGAUGGUGAUGAAGCAGGCCGUUUUACCGCUGUUACGAAAAGCCGUGACACCAAGACGCUAUUGUUGGAUAGGUUGAAUGGUCGGUGGUUGGAUAUCGUUCACGCCAUGGUGCGUGAAAAUGGAACAAUUGUGGCUACCGAUUACCACAACAACGGUCUGGCUGAUAUCGUCGGGCUAUGGACCGCUGUGUUUCGCUUGUUCCGGUUCGCCGGCUCGGCUUGCCGGAAUCGCGAACAGUUCUAUUCGGAACUGCCUAGCCUGGAGUGGCUAUUGUAUCGGACUGACACAGAACCACUGGUGUGGCUGAACACGGUACGACUGUUCGGCGCCAGUCUGCAGAGGUGCCUGGAUCAGCCGAUGGACGACUGGUGGAUGGCCGGAAGAGUGGCCAUGGCCGAGCGUGUUCUGACCGGCUUCACUCGUAGGCGGAUGUUGUACUUCAUGUGCAAAAUGUCGAGCAGUUAUGGGCUGGAAAACGACAGGACGCGGAUCUUGUUGCAGGAAACAGUGCUGCUGGCGAUGCGGUCGUUGCAUGCGUUCGUCGGUGGCAACAAUCAGCUUCUCGGUUCCGAAAAUGAUGGAGACGCCGCUGCGGUAACGAUGAUUAGAGAUGUUGUUGAAUGUUUGGACUCGUACGUCAAAGCCAGCAUGUUGUACGCGACUGAUGUUGGGUUCUGUCGAUGGACAGUCCGCUUGAUGUGCGACAGAGAUGACGCCACCAUAGAGUGUCUGACGUGUGCGUUGGACGUCGCGGAUGCUGUGCCCGCCGUCUGGUCCCUGCUUGACCCGUUCUCUAGCUUUGCCGAGCUGCUGGAGUGCGUGACGUACGAACCGGACGUGCUGUUAGACUAUCUCAUUUCCGAAGAGAGUAACUUCCUGCCGUACGCUCUUCGCAUUUUGAAGACUGCCUGCCGGGACGCCCGGUGUUUCUUCCAAAGCUGCGGUUCUGGUUUGGACGAUGCUAUGGUGCUGCUGAUCAGGCUCCGACUGAAGAUGCUGCGGCUUCACGAGAACCACGUUUUUCCAUACAACGUCCUGCCCAUCGCCAAACUGAUACAGCGCUGUGACGAGCUGUACACCGAAAUCGUAUUGUGA